AUGUCGCACGAAGACAUGGGGGAUGGAAAGGCCAGAGGGGGGCCCGAGAAGCCAAGCUCGGCCCCCGCACAGAAAGGCUGCGCCAAAUGCGAUCGGCGCCGCAUCCGGUGCGACCUACAGAAGCCGGAAUGCCAGAAAUGCAUCCGGAAAGGCUUGAAGUGUCCCGGCUAUGGUCGCAAACUUCGUUGGGUGGAGGGCGUUGCCGCCAGAGGCCAUCUCCGGGGGCGCCGAGUCCCGACUGCUCCGGGCAGCUCGCCCCCAGGAGACCAAUCACACGCGCCUGAUCCGGCAAAUACUCAAACCGAGCAAGACGUCGAAGUGGUUCACCGAGAGCCCAGUGACGUUGACAUGCAACGCUGGCAACUCCAACGACAGAUUCAACGGCCGUUGCCAGGCAUGGCUACCAAUUUCUCGGUCAGCAAUCUCAUGGCAUCGACCGCCCGAUUCCUAGACUAUUACCAGCAAAACUUGGCCGGGCUCAUGGUCUGGCUCGAUUCCGACGAAAAUGCGUACCGGAGGACGGUCGCUCCCAUGGGCGAAAUACAGCCCGCGAUCGGCUUUGCGAUUAUGGCCUUUGCUGCCCAGCAUGGCGCCAUCGGCGGGAACCAGGAGGGCAUGGAUGCUCUCGCCGAGUUUGCUCGCGAUAGAUGCUUGGAAAUCAUCCAGCAGAGAGCACGGGACAUGACGAACCAGCUCACGCAGGGCCAGCAUCUCAGGUCUGCCUCCGACAUUGCCGAUGCGGAGUGGAUGCUCGCGUCGAUCUUGAUCAUGGCCAACUACGAGAACAACCUCCAUCGCCCGACCAUCGCCGAUGCGCACAGGCGUGCUGCUCGCACAAUUGUCAACCUAUUCAAGGAUGAGCCGGCGAUUCGCAACCGAGGGCUAUUCUCCUUCCUAAGAAAUCAGCUUGUCAUUGAUGAUGUCAUCACUGCUUCUACCUCCUUCGACGUCGAGUAUGUCCGCAAUUCCAUCACGCCGGGGCCGGAGUCGGACCACAUCAUGUUCUCCCAGUUCCUGCGACUUCUCCAUGAAGUGACACUGCUUUCCCGGGAGAUUCCACUGCGUGACCCAUCAGUGCUGUACCCACCACACAAGUUCACCGUACCCUUUCUCAGGCUCGAAUUUGAGAUGUGUCGAGGCGCUACCCUCAUGGCAGCCGGAUCUCAUGGGCUGCAGCCGCCGUCCAACAUGUUUCGCGACUUUGUCCGCUUGGUAGACACUUACCACACAGCGGGCCUGCUGUACUCUUUCCACUGCCUCGAGCUCGUCGACUCGAACCAUGCUGAGUGGGUCAUCGCCGUUUCUCAGCUCUUUGAUCAGCUCAUGAGCUUUGACAAUCACACCCCCUGGUUGCAUGUCUUGGGAUGGCCUGUUUUUAUAGCGGGCACGGCCUGUCAUGGCAACCCAGGGCGACAAUCUCUGAUCUCUGGAAUCUUCAAAGACAUCUACCGGGCGACAAGAUUCGGGCAACAUAGAUCCGCCAUACAGUUCCUGGACGACUUCUGGGCCGGCAUCGAUACGGACUGGCGGCCUUUGGCCUAUCAAAGGGAAAUGGAAGGAAGAAGGAUUCUUGUCACUUAA